CACCUUUCCAAAUCAAAAAAGAGAUAAAAAGAAAAUAAGAGUUGAUAUAAAAGUGGCAAUGGAGAAAAUUAGAAUUUUUGUUACUCUUUUGAUAGUGUUGAUUGUAGUAGAAAAACAAAUGCAAAUUGUUGAUGCAGAUAACCCUUAUGCUUGUUGGGGUGGGUGUUACAAUCAGUGUAUACUAUUGAAUGUGCAAGGAAGUGUACCAGGGAGGAAUCCUUGUUAUUUGCAGUGCUUAAGCAAGUGCAUUCCUCGUACUGCUUCUGACUACCAAAAUUACUGCAAGAUUGGCUGUUCCAUGGAGAUCUGUAUUCCUACUCGCUCUGGUAAUGGUGCAGAUCUGGAUGCAUGCUUUGGCAAUUGCGGAAAUGUUUGUGGGGCAUAAAAAUAUUUAUUACCACUAUGUGUUAUGUCAUUAGAAAGAAUUUCUUGUCUCACUUUUUUUCAUUUAAUCUUUUAAUUAUUAGAGCUUAAUAAAUAAAUGGUUCUUUGUGAUUUGCCGUU